GUUUUAGCAGUAUGGUUUCACACUUAAAGGAAAGGGCAAAAAUAGUUCUUUCUGGACCCGUAUCUCUUGAGUGGCUGACUGGCUAAUUUUUACUAUGAAGAAUGAGAGACAGCUAGCCCAAAUAUGAGUCCAGUUUGAUUCUAAGACAAAACCAAACCGUCUAGAAGUUCGAGUUCGUAAAAGAAUAAAGUUGGUGACUUCAUCGUGAUACAUAAUUUCAAGCAGAUGUUUAGAAGGGAAUGGAGGCUCGAGCAUCCGAACAACAAACUCGCAAAGAAUCUGAAAAUAGUCUGCAAACAAAAUUCACGGAGGAGGAAGAAGGAGAGAAGAGUCCCGCCCCGGCUUUAUCCGUGCUCCAAAGACUAGACCACCUCGACCAUUUGCUACUGGUUCUGGAGGAGAGGCAGAGCUUAUCAGCAAGAUAUCCUUUGGUCGCGGAGAAAAUCAGAGCAAAAGAACAAGAUCACUGCAAGACCAUAUCAUCUGCACCGGAGGAAGCUCAUCACAGAGGGACGUUGAUGGAUCGAGUGGCGAUGCUCGAGGACCGAGUCUUACAGUUGAGCCUAGAGAUCGAAGUCGGAAUCAUUUCAAAGUCAAGCUAUUCCGCUGUCCCGACAACUGGAAAUGUCAAUCAGCACACUUCGGAAUUGGCCGUGACUGCAACGGAGAGUGCGGAUUCGAGGGAACACGGACGAGAGAACCCACAUCCUCUCUCAACACAAGAAAAGGGCUGUGCAGAUGAAGAAGCAUGUGCUGAGAAGACUAAAACAGCAGGAAGCCACAAAGGCAAGAGGCGGUCAAUGCUGAGGAGAAGUAAAUGGCUUUGUGUGGUGGUCUAGACUGGGAUGUUGAUUCUCUCUCUCGGCAAACUCUUCUGAAUUCUGAAAGUUGAACAAACCAUUCAUAUGCCCAAUUCUUCUUUUCCUGGGCAUACUCAAUAAGGGCACUUUUGAACAGUGCAGUUCCUUUUGCCUUUUGCUCUUCAAACUCAUGGCUACAGUUUGACAUUUGUAAUUUAGUUUGGAUUAAAUCUGCAUUUGUAAUAACCAUUUAUGCCCCCUUUUUUCUUUGUAUGAAUUCCUAGUGAGCAAGAUAGAAGAGACAGACGAACAAAUCAAAUGGUGACGGUGCAAUUUUCUUC